CGAUGAAGUUGGCGGCUGGACUGGUCGCGUUUGCUGCUGCCGCGUCCCCCCAAGGCGACGCCGACGACAACCGCGCGUGCCACAACCAAACCGCGGGGUACCUCGAUACGCUGGUCGCUGGUUCGUACGUCACCAACGGUUUCUUUGACUGCUUCCGCACGCACGACCAAAUCGUCGAGUUCCUCGAUACGCUCCAAACAAAGCACCCGACGGUCGUCACCCGCCACGACGUGUCGACGACGUUCGAAGGCCGCGUCAUCCGUGGCUACAAGGUCGCCAACGGCAAGAACGCCAAGGCCAUUUACGUCCAAGCGGCCCAGCACGCACGGGAGUGGGCAUCGACGGCCGGCGCUGUCUACGCGCUGGCCGCGACCCUCGACGCCUUGACCAACAACAAGCCCAACCCGGUCGACAACUACAACCUCAUCGUCGUUCCUGUCGUCAACAUCGACAGCUACAUCAAGACAUGGACUACAUCCAACCGGUACAUCCGCGUCAGCGCGAACGGCGUCGACUUGAACCGCAACUGGCCGUCGCCGUACUGGAAUGCCGACCACCAGCCGCCUGGCUCGGACGCGUACCCUGGCAAGUUUAUCCUGAGCGAACCCGAGACGGCCGGCAUCCACACGUGGCUCCAGGCGAAUGUGGCCACGAUCGACGGUGGCGUCGACAUCCACUCGAACGCUGCCUCGGUCCUGUACCCGUUUGGCGACACCGUCGUCAACCCCGUCGAGCCCUACUUGUCCAAGUACUACGUCCUCGGCAAGGCGGUGCAGACUGCGAUUGCCGACGUCGGUGGCAGCUACGACCUGGCGCAGCGCCUCUACUUGACGUACGGCAACUUUCGCGACUACACGUUCCGCAACUACACCAAACCCGGCCUCACGAUCGAAGUCGACGGCGUCGACUUUGUUGUGCCUGUCUCGACAAUCCGACAAGUCGGAAAGGAAGUGUACGCUGGGUUGACCGCGUACUCGUCGGCGGCCGUCCUGUUCAAUGGCGGCGCGGUCCCGACCACCGCCGCGCCCCCUACGACCACCAAACCCGCAUGUUAACUGUCUCCCCGUCGCUCCAAAGUUCAUGGCAGAGCCGUCGUGUUUUGAAUCGAAAUACCAUUGCCGUCCA